CUGUUUGGAUAGUUCUCUUGGGACUUACAAAAUGCCUAAGAUUCCAAAAAUCGUAGGAGGGAAGAUGGAUCGAAUCCAUCUUCUAUUCAAUUAAUAUCUAUAUUUACAUUAAUAUUUAUCAAAAAUAAAUAAAUAUAGACGUAGAUAGAUAAAUCUGAUCGGAUAUUUUGGUUCUGUUCGUACGUCUAUUUAAUUUUGUAUAAUAUUUUUAAAUUUAACAAAAUAAUUAUUUGAUCUAUAUAAAUUCUUAUAUUUGAAUUAAUAUUUGCAUCAACGUCUAUAUUAAUUUUAAUAUAGUUAUGAUAUCAUUGAUAUCCAUAUUUAAUCCCGAUUUCAGACCCACCAGUCGGUUGUCUUGGGAGGACGGUGAUGACGUGUAGCACGGAGAGGGGAACAGGACGACGGGGAGCGAGGGAGGGAUGACGGAGGAGCGGCCACCGCCAGGCAUCGCCGGCGACGGGGACUACGAGGUGAGGGGGAGGCUGGGAGGGGAAGGGCCGUUCUCGGUCGUGUGGAAGGCGGUCCACCGAUCGAGCGGCCAGGACGUGGUCUUGAAGCAGGUCCGCCUCUCCGGGCUCACCAGGAGCCUGAGGGAGUGCCUCGAUUGCGAGAUCAAGUUCUUGGCCAGCGUCUGCCAUCCCAACAUCAUCCGCCUCUUUGAUGUCUUCCAGGUUGAUGGAUGCAUAUUCCUUGUCUUGGAGUUCUGUCAAGGAGGAAAUUUAGCCACUUACAUUAAGCAAAAAGGGAGGGUGCAUGAAAAUGCUGUCAGAAAAUUCAUGAAGCAGAUAGUUCAUUUAUCUUCAUAUUGCAGGAGCAGGUUUGGAGGUAAUGCAUGCUCACCACAUAAUCCAUCGGGACUUGAAACCGGAGUGGAGCAGAAUAUUCUACUUUCUACUCCCAGCAAUGACGCUGUGCUAAAGAUAUCUGAUUUUGGUCUAUCAAGAGUUGUUCAUCCCGGUGAGUUUGCAGACUCAGUUUGUGGAACACCUUUCUACAUGGCUCCAGAGGUUAUGCAAUUUCAAAAGUAUGAUGACAAGGUAGAUAUGUGGAGUAUUGGUGCAAUUUUCUUUGAGCUUUUGAAUGGGUAUCCACCUUUUCGUGGCAAAAACAAUGUUCAGCUGCUAAAAAGUAUAAAAGAUAGUACAUCCUUGCCAUUUUCACAGCUCCUCCCCAGCUUGCAUCCUGACUCUAUUGAUAUGUGUACUAGUCUUUUGUGCAAAAACCCAGGGAAACGCUUGUCAUUUGAUGAGUUCUAUCAUCACAAAUUCUUGAGAAGAUGAGUAGUUUGUUUAGAAAAUAGACUAUCUAUGAGCUUAGGAGAUGAGUCUCACAAACUGAAUUUGACUUCCUUAGGUUAUUUAUUUCAUGUAUUUAGUUGUAAAGCCAACAGGUCUUCAGCUAACUGUUCAGCUUAAUCAAGCUGUAUGCUGGCGUUUUAUAUCUUUGGACUGUGGCAUUGUCCUCCUUUGGAUCUGUCUUGAGCUUGUCUUGUUUCAGCCUGCAAAAAAUUUGAAGCUUUUUACCAUCAGUCCUGCUGGCAGUGGCUGACAUCAUGAGGCAGCAGUGAUAAUGAAAUUUGAAUGCUCUGAUCCGUUGCUGGCUGCAUUUUAGUUCAUCGUGUGUUGGAGAUUGAUGAAGCUUCAAUAAGGGAUAUUCUGUUUAGGGAAGGAUAUUCUCCAGCUUUAAUUGAGGGGUUUCUUCAAUAGUAUGCACCUGGUUUCGAGCACGCAGGCUACUCGGUCAAAGAUGAACUUAAUACCUAGUCAAUUUCAUCCUUUCCAAAAUCAAACAAGUCUAAUUCAUUCCCCUACUCCAGCUGAAAUGAAGCAUUGGCUCUAUCCUAGGCAUAAGGAUGCAUCCAGCUUUCUGAAGAUAUGCUGAUCUUGGAGUUCUGUCAGACUGUCACUGUAUAAGCUGUUGUACAUAAGAUGAAUCUGUUAGUAUAUUUGCACGCAUUGCACUUUUUGUUAGGAUUUUAACUUCAAAGUGAUUUUUACUGUGUUGUUCAGUGCAUAGCUACAAGUUUCAUGAGUGUAAAUCAUGAUUCCGUUGUCAGUAACUAAUGCAGAAACUUCAACCAAAUUAGACUCUUUUUUUUUGGUCCAUUA